GUGUGUGUGUGUGUGUGUGUGUGUGUGUGUGUGUGUGUGUGUGUGUGUGUGUGUCUCUCUCUCGCCCCUUUUGCAAGAGUUUAAAUGAUGACGUCACUGCAUAUCUUUUCACCCUGAAGUUACUAUGGCGGUUCUGAAGUUUUCAAACUUUUCUUGAUUUUAUAAGUUUCUUCUGAUGGAGCACCUCCAGGGAGCAUGGAAGACCAUCAGCAAUGGGCUGGGGAUGAAGGACUCUGUACUGGAGAGCCCUUGUGUCUCUCCCACCAGCGGACAGGACUUCCCAUAUCAGCGGCGCACCUCAGAUGACUCCAAAAUUCCAGAUUCAAAGGCCAGCAGCACCAUCCGGGUUUACCUGCCCAACCAGCAGCGCACUGUGGUGAACGUCAGGACCGGUAUGACCCUCCGCAGUUGUCUAAUCAAAGCUCUGAAGGUUCGAGGACUUCAGCCCGAGUGCUGUGCCGUCUACAGACUCCACCCAGGACACCGGAGUAAAAAGUCUCGUAUGGACUGGAAUACGGACUCGACGUCUCUCAUCGGAGAGGAGCUCCAGGUGGAGGUUCUAGAUCACGUCCCUCUGACCACCCACAACUUUGUGAGGAAGACGUUUCUGAAGUUGGCCUACUGCGACAUGUGCCAGAAGUUCCUCCUGAACGGCUUCCGCUGUCAGACGUGCGGAUAUAAAUUCCACGAGCACUGCAGCACCAAAGUUCCCAUCAUGUGUGUGGACUGGAGCAACAUCAGGCAACUUCUGUUAUUUCUGACUCCUGGUGAAAGCGGAGCUCCGUCUCUGCCUCCGAUUACAUCGAGGAGAAUGAGGGAGUCUAUGAGCCGAAUGUCCAGCAGCUCAGCACACAGACACUCGACUCCUCAAACGUUUAACGACAGCACAGUGUAUCCUCCUGCAGGGGGAGCUCUCUCUCAGAGACAACGCUCCACCUCCACACCCAACGUACAUAUGGUCAGCACCGCACUGCCUGUGGACAGCAGCCUGAUCGAGAUAGAUUGCCUGAAUACUUCUCCUAGUUCCUGGUGCCGGAGAUUUUGUCUGAAGAGAAGAGACGCGGUGCGUCACGGACACGGUUACGGAUCAGCAGGAAGUUCUCCAAACCGGAGUCCGACGGGCUGGAACCAGUCCAAAACUCCACCCCCGGCUCAGAAAGAGAGGGCGUCGUCCUUUAGCUCUCAGGAGAAAAACAAAAUUCGUCCAAGGGAUAAAAGAGACUCGAGUUAUUACUGGGAGAUUGAAGCUAGCGAGGUCAUGUUGCACUCAAGAAUUGGCUCGGGGUCAUUCGGAACGGUUUACAAAGGGAAAUGGCACGGUGAUGUUGCAGUGAAGAUCUUAAAGGUCACUGAUCCCACACCGGAGCAGUUCCAGGCGUUCCGUAACGAAGUCGCGGUUCUGCGGAAAACCCGGCAUGUGAACAUCCUGCUGUUUAUGGGCUACAUGACCAAAGAUAACCUGGCCAUCGUGACACAGUGGUGCGAGGGCAGCAGUCUGUACAAACACCUCCACGUGCUGGAGACCAAGGUCCCGAUGGUCCAGCUGAUCGACAUCGCGAGACAGACGGCUCAGGGCAUGGACUAUCUGCAUGCAAAGAACAUCAUCCACAGAGACAUGAAGUCCAACAACAUUUUCCUGCAUGAAGGCCUGACGGUGAAGAUCGGGGAUUUCGGUUUAGCCACGGUGAAGACCAGGUGGAGCGGCUCUCAUCAGGUCGAACACCCUUCAGGAUCCGUCUUAUGGAUGGCUCCUGAAGUGAUCCGAAUGCAGGACAACAAUCCGUACAGUUUCCAGUCCGACGUUUAUUCCUACGGCAUCGUUCUGUACGAACUGAUGACGGGAGAGCUUCCGUAUUCAGACAUCUCUAACAGAGAUCAGAUUAUUUUCAUGGUAGGUCGAGGUUAUCUGUCUCCAGAUCUCUUGAAGCUGUAUAAGAGUUGUCCCAAAGCUAUGAAGCGUCUGGUUGCCGACUGCAUUAAAAAAUCCAAAGAAGAGAGACCGCUGUUCCCCCAGAUCCUUUCUUCCAUCGAGCUUCUGCAGCACGCUCUGCCCAAAAUCAACCGCAGUGCAUCAGAGCCAUCGCUGCACAGAGCCACUCACACCGAGGACAUCAACUCCUGCACUUUAACCUCCAUGAAGCUGCCUUUCUUCUAGUUCUGGAGCUUAUGAAAAGCACACUGCUUCCUCAGACAUCUCUUCAUUCUCUCUCUCUCUCUCUGUGUCUCUGUCUCUCUCUCUCUCUCUCUCUAUCUCUCUCUCACACUCUCUCUGUCUCUCUCUCACACUCUGUCUCUCACUCUCUCUGUCUCUCUCCCUCUGUCUCUCUGUCUCUCUCCCUCUGUCUCUCUUUGUCUCUCUCAUUCUCUCUGUCUCUCUCUGUCUGUUUCUCUCUCUCUCUGUCUCUUACUCUGUCUUUUACUCUCUCUCUCUCUCACACACUUGCUGUCUCUUUUUUCUUCCUCUCUCUGUCUGUGUCUCUCUGUCUUUCUUUCUCCCUCUCUGUCUCUCUCUCCCUCUGUCUCUGUCUUUCUCUCUCUCUCUCUCUCUCUCUCUCUCUCUUUCUCUCCCUCUCUCUCUGUGAAGAGAUAAAGGACUCAAUGCACUCGAGCGUUAGAGACAAUGUAUUAUUUGAAGGUGAAGAUUGACACAAGCAAAUCAGAUGAAAUCUGGGUUGUGUUUAAAUGUAGAUACGUAAUUGUUACAGGACUUCGGCGUCAACGUUUAUAUGUUUACUGUUAAAUGUGACAUUGCUGAAGGAGCUGCUGAUCAUCAUCCUGCUGUUCAGCUAAACACAGACAUGUCACGGUUUUAUUACUACACACUGUUAUUUUACGCUUCGCCGCAGGAGCAGGGAAGGCGUUUGUCAGCGUGAGGAACGGACGCUUUUAGUUCAGAUCCAUCUGCACUCCGUCGCCGUGGAGUUUAAUGUUAACGUGCACGUCCUAGCAACAGAUCAGUGUUCAGAGUUUUACGUGUUGAUUAGAAGAGUCGGACUUGAUGUUUGUGAAAUUGUUUAAAUCAGCUGUGUAUUUGAUUUUAUUGCAGACUCGAGUCCAAAAUGUUUUUAACAAUAAGGGUUAUUUUAAUAAAAUUUAAAUUAAUGUC